UUCGAGUGAGGGCUUUGGCGUUGCGGAGAAGAUCGUGCUGCUCACCUUCAUCUCCGCCGUUAUACUGAUGGCCAUCCUGGGGAACCUGCUGGUGAUGGUGGCUGUGUGCCGGGACAGGCAGCUCAGGAAAAUCAAGACCAAUUAUUUCAUUGUUUCCCUUGCCUUUGCGGACCUGCUGGUGUCAGUGCUGGUGAUGCCGUUUGGAGCCAUUGAGUUGGUUCAGGACAACUGGAUCUAUGGGGAGAUGUUCUGCCUGGUCCGGACAUCCCUUGAUGUCCUGCUCACCACAGCAUCAAUCCUGCACCUCUGCUGUAUCUCGCUGGACAGGUACUAUGCUAUCUGCUGCCAGCCUCUGGUUUACAGGAACAAGAUGACUCCAUUGCGCAUUGCUGUAAUGCUUGGAGGGUGCUGGGUAAUCCCGACAUUUAUUUCUUUCCUUCCUAUCAUGCAAGGCUGGAAUAGCAUUGGCAUUAUUGAUCUGAUUCAGCAAAGGCAGUUCAACAAGGCUUCCAACUCCACCUACUGCAUAUUCAUGGUCAACAAGCCAUACGCCAUUACCUGUUCCGUGGUGGCCUUCUACUUUCCCUUCCUCCUGAUGGUGCUGGCCUACUACCGCAUCUAUGUCACGGCCAGGGAGCAUGCCCGGCAGAUCCGGGUGCUGCAGCGC